AUGGAAAUUAGGAGAGAGGAAGAAACUGAGGACAGAUCAUUGUCACCCCCAAUAAAGGGAUCUAUGCAGAUUGCUGGGAGUACUGGUUUUGGUCACAGCAUUGAGUUCAUGUCACAAGCAUACCUCAGAAAUAGGUACUCAGAGAUUGAUAUAGAAGAUGUGAGCCCUGAUACCAACAAAUAUCACCCUCUUCCAAUAUUUCUCAAGUUUGAAGAUGUGAGAUAUAGAGUGAGACAUAGCCAAGCUUCCUUCAACAACCCGGUGAAGGCAGUUGUGUCCAAGGUAGCUACACAGCUGAACAUGGAGCAACACAAUCAGAAGCAGAUACUGAAGGGUAUAACUGGAAGCAUUGGCCCUGGAGAAAUACUUGCUCUGAUGGGUCCUUCUGGUAGUGGAAAAACAACCCUGUUAAAAGUGAUAGGAGGAAGAUUGGUUGACAAUGUUGAAGGAAAAAUCACCUAUAAUGACAUUCCAUAUAAUGCAGCUGUUAAGAGGAGGAUUGGAUUUGUCACACAAGAUGAUGUGCUCUUGCCACAAUUAACAGUGGAGGAAACAUUAGUUUUUGCUGCAUUUUUAAGGCUUCCAAGCAACAUGAAUCGACAACAAAAAUAUGCAAGGGUGGAAAAAAUUGUGAAGGAGCUAGGCCUUGAAAGAUGUCGUCACACAAGAAUAGGAGGAGGAUUUGUAAAAGGAAUAUCAGGAGGGGAAAGAAAAAGAACCAGCAUAGGUUAUGAAAUUCUUGUCGAUCCGUCGUUAUUGUUGCUUGAUGAACCAACCUCAGGCCUCGAUUCCACCUCGGCGAAUAGACUUCUGAUAAUUCUUCAUGGACUUGCUAAGGCAGGAAGGACAAUAAUCACAACUAUCCACCAGCCAUCAAGCAGAAUGUUUCACAUGUUUGACAAAAUUCUGCUAAUAGCAGAAGGCUACCCUGUCUACUAUGGGAGGGCUAGAGAGUCUAUGGAAUAUUUCUCUUCAUUAAGAUUCAUCCCAGAAAUACCCAUGAAUCCUGCAGAGUUCUUGCUUGAUUUAGCAACUGGUCAAGUGGAUGACAUAAGUGUCCCUGGAGAUUUAUUUGAACCUCAAGGAUCUCCUGACUCUGAGAAGGCUGUAAUCAAAUUUCUACAACUAAGUUACAAAACUCAGCUGGAGCCAAAGGAAAAAGAAGAAAAUCACCGAACCGCAGACACACCAGAGCAUCUUCAAUUAGCCAUUCAAGUAAAGAAGGAUUGGACAUUGGCUUGGUGGGAGCAAUUCAUGAUACUGUCAAGGAGAACCUUCAGAGAGAGGUGCACGGAUUAUUUUGAUAAGCUAAGACUUGUUCAAGCUCUUGGAGUUGCAGUCUUGUUAGGCCUUCUAUGGUGGAAAUCUAAUAUUGACACUGAGGCUCAUCUCAGAGAUCAGAUUGGUUUAAUGUUCUACAUUUGUAUAUUUUGGACAUCAUCAUCCCUUUUCGGAGCAGUAUAUGUGUUCCCAUUCGAAAAGAUCUAUUUGGUAAAAGAAAGGAAAGCAGACAUGUAUAGAUUAAGCGUAUAUUAUGUGUGCAGCACUCUGUGUGACAUGGUGGCUCAUGUUGUCUAUCCUACGUUUUUCAUGAUCAUUUUGUAUUUCAUGGCUGGCUUCAACAGAACUGUCCCCUGCUUCUUCCUGACAUUAUCUGGGAUACUGUUGGUAGCUAUAACAAGCCAGGGGGCAGGAGAACUAUUUGGAGCUGCAGUUAUGAGUAUUAAAAGGGCUGGAAUGGUUGCUUCUUUGAUACUAAUGUUGUUUCUUCUCACAGGAGGUUACUAUGUCCAGCAUAUACCAAAAUUCAUGCGGUGGUUGAAGUUUUUGUCGUUCAUGUAUUAUGGGUUCAGACUUCUCCUGAAGGUGCAAUACUCUGGAGACCAAUUAUAUGAUUGCCAAAGCCAAGGAGGGUGCAGGCCUCUGCAGAGUUCUCCUUCUUUUGACAUGGUGAACCUCGAUGGUGGCUUGCAAGAAGUAUGGGUUUUGUUGGCCAUGGCUGUUGGUUACCGGCUGUGUGCUUACUUUUGUCUUCGUAGAAGAAUUAACAUGUGCAGUCUUUGA